AUACAGACUCACACGUGGUCGGACGUCUGUGUGGAGUGGAAGAACCUGGGGAGGAACAUUCACAGACACUUCAUCAUCUUUCUUUGCAACAGCUCCCCUGUGAUGAUUAGGGGAUUGAGAAUGAUGUGUCCUGUGUGGCUGUUGGCUCUGGCUGUGCUGUGUGCAAGCAGUGCAGAGGUGAAAGCUCAAUGCUGGGAGAACACUCACUGCAGAGACCUCAGCUCUGAACAAAACAUCCUGGACUGCAUCAAUUUGUGCAAGUCUGAUCUGACAGCAGAGUCUCCUCUUUAUCCUGGAGAUGGCCACCUCCAGCCUUUACUGAACCCCGAACCCAAUGAGGUCCCUGCUGCACUGCCCGCUGUCGCCUUCUCGCCCACCCAAGAGGAAGAAGCUCCAGAGUUAGGCCCACUGCAUGAAGACAAACGUUCCUACUCAAUGGAACACUUCCGCUGGGGUAAGCCUGUUGGCCGCAAGCGCCGGCCCAUCAAGGUCUACACCAAUGGGGUGGAGGAGGAGUCAGCAGAAGCACUGCCAGCCGAGAUGAGGCGUGAGUUGGUCACAAAUGAGGCUGACUAUCCUCUGGAGGACAGCUCCUUCAGCCAACAGGAGAAGAAAGAUGGUUCCUACAAGAUGAACCACUUCCGCUGGAGUGGCCCCCCAGCCAGCAAGCGCUAUGGUGGCUUCAUGAAGUCUUGGGACGAACGCAGUCAGAAGCCUCUGCUUACACUCUUCAAGAACGUCAUCAAUAAAGAUGGACACCAGAAGAAAGAUCACUAAGGGUACAGGAGAGGAACAAUCACAUUAAAUGCGUUAUAUGAGAGAGAGAGAGAGAGAGAGAGAGAGAGAGAGAGAGAGAGAGAGAGAGAGAGAGAGAGUGAGAGAGAGAGAGAGGAAAUAGUUUUUAUUCACUGCAGAUAACUUGCUUUUUUUCCCCUUAAAUUCUUUGAAAAGUAGGCAUAUCAGACAGCAAAAGGUAGAUUCAGAAGAAACUGGUGGGGCUUUGUCAACCAAUAGCACUUCGUUCUUGUAGCCAGCAGUACAUUUACAAUGUAAUCAACAAUAAAUACUUACUAUUGUACAUAGAAAUGCUGUGGUGAUUAAAUGUUGGUCAUAGCAUUUUUAGGUGAAGCAUUUUUAUUUUAUUUAUGAACAUGUACGAUAUUGUAAAAUAUGAAAAUGCUGACCAUAAAACAAUUAUAUUUCAAGCACAAA